AUGAUCCAGGUAGCGUGCUUAUAUCGGACUGGCCUGUAUCGAGUGGCGAAGCAACGGAGGGCCAGCAACGUCCCGUACCCCAAGAUGUACGAGGACAAGGAGGACAGCCUGUUCAACUGCUAUCAGCGCGCCCAUCAGAACACCCUUGAGAGCUACCCCGCUUUCCUCUCGCUGCUCCUCAUUGCCGGCUACGCCUACCCCAUCACCGCCUCCGCGUGUGGAAUGGUGUGGGUCAUUGGCCGUGUCUUCUACUCUCUCGGCUACUACACGGGCAACCCGCGCAACCGGGUGCAGGGCAUGUGGGGCACGUUCGGCCUGCUGGGUCUGCUCGUGACUGCCGGGGUGUUUGGGGUGCGCCAGCUGCUGUGA